AUGAGCCAAAUUCAGGAUAUCUCACAGUUACGUGAGUUUCUUACCGUGUAUAACACCUUGACGGAGCGUUGCUUCAACAAUUGCAUCAGUGACUUCAACGCCCAUAAGCCAUUAGUACAGGAACAGGACUGUGUCAAUAAGUGUAUUGACAAGUCUAUGCGAGUGGAAUCGUCGUUUGAUGCUAAGAAUCCUUCAAGGAGAAAAAUGAAAAUCAUCAAUGAGCACGGUUUUCGUUGUGAUGGGCGCAAAGCACAACAGAUUCGAAAUAUUUCUGCUCAAUUAGGGCAUGGAUGCCAGCUCGGAGGGGCGGCUUAUCUUGUUCAAGGCAAUACGCAAGUAAUAUGCCAUGUUUAUGGUCCACAUGAGGCAACGCAGCGUUCUCGAAUGCAAGACGAUCGUUGCUUUAUCAACUGCCAAUAUGAACGCUUUCUUAAAAGCCGUUCGAAAAAACAAAACAAUAUGAAGAAACGGACCGGAAAAGAUAGAAAAAGCGGCGAUUCUUUACAACGAAUUUCCCCUCGUUCGCAAAUUGAUAUUCAUCUAAUGGUAAUUGAGGAAGACGGCUCCCUUCUAUCAACUUGCAUCAAUGCAGCAACGUUGGCUCUAUGUGACGCCGGAAUCCCAAUGAAAGGUGUUGUAUCGGCGACUACUUGUGGAAUAGCUGAAGGAACGGUCAUUUGCGAUUUGAAUAACCGAGAAGAGAACGAUCUUGUUCCUCGAAUAACGUUGGCUACAAUUUCUGGUCGAGAUGAGUGUGUUCUUGUAGAAUUACAGAAUCGAGUGCAUGUUGCCCACCUUCCAAAUUUGCUCAAUACCGGCAAAGCUAUGUGUUUGGCGGUUCACGAAUGUCUACACACUGCGAUUCGCGACCAUUUGCUUCAUACAAUUCCGAUUUCU